CGCUCCGUGAAAACAGACUUCUCCGCUCAGGAAUGAGCCCUGACGGGAACCCCCUCCCAGUCCUCCUCUUCGGGGUCGGGACGCCGGAGACGUGAAGGAAAAGGGCGCAGCGUCGGUGGGACUUCAAGUUCAGCGAGGCCCUGAAAAGAACCAGAGGGGCGCGUACUUCCACUGGGGACCCUGACAGGGGCGCGCUGAAGGAUCGAGGGGCUGAGCGACACGCAAGGGUGUGGAGGAGAGGAUGGAGGCCCUGCUUCCUCUCCUGAAGGGCCACCCGGGCCCCUCAGUGCUGGUGUUCGCUCUGCUCUUCAGGCUGGUCUCCUGGGUGCAGCGGAGGACGCCCGUGCCCCAGCUGGUGAAGCAGGACGAGUUUCGCCACUGGAGGUGGAGGAACCUCAGCCUGUCUCUGGUUCACUCCCUGCUGACUGGGACCUGGGCCCUGACCUGUGCAGCGGCUUCGCCACAGCUGUUGAUCAGGCUGGACUCGUACCACACCCCCCUGUCCUACCUGCUCGUCUGCGUCUCCUCAGGCUACUUCGUACAAGACGCCGCUGACAUUAUCCUGUCGGGACACGCUCGGGGAUCGUGGGAGUUCCUUCUCCAUCACGCCAUGGUCAUCUGCUGCUUCGUGUACACGCUCUACACUGAGCGGUACGUGGCGGGCGCCGUGGUGGCGCUCUUCGUGGAGGUCAACAGCGUCACCCUCCACCUCCGGCUGCUGCUGAAGCUGGCGGCGGCUCAGUCUUCCCUCUUCUACCGCCUCGUCAAGUUCAUCAACAUCUUCACCUACGUGGCCUUUCGCCUGCCCAGCCAGUUCUACCUCACCUGGUACAUCGUCCACAACUACUCCCGGCUCACCCACGGCGGCUUCUUCCUGGCCUGCAUGACCAUCAUGAACGUCAUGAUCCUCGUCUACUUCUACCGCCUGCUCCGCUCCGACUUCUUCCCUCCGAGGAAGAGCAAGGUGGAGGAGACCGGGCAACCGAACGGCGUGAAAAGGUUCCUCCGUGAUUGAGCUGGACUGGUUUACAGGACCGUUGGUGUUAGUUUGUUGGGUUUGAGUCUCCAAGUUUUUAUCACGGCACUGACAACAUUCCUCAUAACAAUUGUUUGUUUUCUUACUGCCAGAGAACAGAUUUCGUGUCAUUUUACAAAGACAGAAGAAUGAAAUGCUCAUUUAAAUCCAACAUUCUGCUUUGAAGCUGUAACAUUGAACAGAAUCUGGAAAUAGAGUUUCAGUAUGUUAAAAAGAGAUCAGAUUUAUAUUCAGUGAGAAUCUGCACCAUCCACCCUGGACUGUAUUGUCUCCAGUUACAGGAAGGAACUGUGAAAACAUGCAGCAGCCAGCCUGGUGACACGGAAUGGAAAACAGAUGCUUCGCAAAACGGGCAGCCAGGUUUGUUCAGGUCAGCUUUGGACAUGUGAUCAAAGCUUUUUGACAGGAUUACCAGCUUCUUCAUGAAGAAAUACCAGCGGGCCACGUAAAACAUUUUAUUCACUCAAGUGCAGUUCGUCCAACUGGCCAGUGUCACGCUCCUCGCUGUUUUGUUCUGCGUUUCAGGAGUGAGUGAAAGACCAAAGAUAUAAAUAGUGACCUCCAGCAGAAAGGAAUUCUUAUAGAUUUUGAGCAAAAAUGACAAACUGGCGGAGCUUGUGAGGAAAACUUUGUGCUAAACAGGUUAAAAGCUUUACUGAUUGUUACAACCAAUGGUGGACAGUAAGAACCCAGCGUAAAGCCAGAUGUAAUAAUCCAAGAAACAUGAGAAAUCCAGUCUGGUAACGAAAUAUUUUUCAAAAAGUGGAAAAUGAUGCACUUGCUGACAACCAUAUUUUGUUCUCUUACUUAAACCCCUGAGAAUUUUUUUUUCGACAUAAAAUAUGAUUACACGCAGGUUUUCAUUGAUGAAAUGUUUACAUACAGUGCACUAAAACUGGAGCAAGUCCUAACCCUGUUUAUUCUUCUCCUGUUGGAAUAUGAUGGAGGACAUGAAUGAGGUGAUAUUCCAGCCCAUGCUAGGCUUCCUUCACACUGCAGGUCUUGAUGCUCAGUUCUGAUUUUUUGCAGGGAGCUGAUUAUUCUUCAUGAUCAUUCCCACUACAUGUUCAGUGUGACCUCUGUCAUGAUUCUUCAGUUCCAGAGCGUUUAUAAACCAGAUAGCGGUGGACCACCUUUAAUUUGCCCGGAGCUGCAGCCAUCAAAUGGCUGGUUGGCUUCGUCCCAUGUCAGUCAUUCAUAUUGUUGAUCACUGAUUGGUGGAAUCGCUACUAAGUCCCGCCUCCUCAGAGCUCCAAGCUGUUACUCUGCAUUUUUGUUGCAGUUUAUAGAAAAUGAAUCACACAGUUAAAAUGAGAAGUGAGUCUCAUUUUCCUGCAGUGUGAAGGAACACUGAUGUAUUUAUUGAGAAGCAGUCUCAUUUUGUUGAGUUGUGUUGAUGGAUGCAUGUAAAAUGUCAUUAAUACCGUUUGUGUGGAUAGGGCGGCAGUAGUGAGUCAAUAUUACCCACAGAUUUUUGAAUUUUUUAAAUUUUUGCCCAAGGAGACUUUGACAUAUGGACAGAGCCUCCUGGAGGAUCGAACACGAGCCCCUCUGAACCACACACACACUAUACCUCACAUGAAAUGUUUUACAUCUCACAAAAGACUGACUGAACUGCAAUAGUUUCCAUGCGCUGUCGGUUAGUGUGUGUUCGGCCAGUCAGCUGGAGUCCUGCUGCCCAAGAUGGUGUUGAAAACAGAUGAUUGUAUUGUAUUGUUUCAACACUGCAGAAAACCUCCCGAUAACCGGACAGAAGUCAGAAACCCAAAAGCACAAAUUUAGGAAAGUCAGUGAUCAGCGAAAUCCGGAGGACUGCAUGUGGCCAAAAAGCAACGUGUUGUGGCUGCAUCUGUUCUCCUCAUCUCAUAAAACUGGGUGCAAUAAGUUGUAUUUCUGUUAUUUAGAAAUACAAAUCUCACAGCACAUCAGCUCACGAUGGCAGUUUAACUCCUAGUUUCUAAUAAUCACUGACAUCUUUACAACUUGCUGCAGUGCAGCUACAUUUUCUACAUUUUCAGUUCCCAUGUCAGAUUCUGCAGCCGCCGUCUGCUGCUUUCCUCUGAAGCCUGUGGCCGCCUCUGAACGCUGACGUCCAGCAGGUUUCUCCUGGUGUCGCCGAGUGUGUUAGGUGUUUUUAGCGGCGCUGUCCUCCACCGUGCCUCCAUGAAGCCAGCCGUGGCUGAAGAGGCACCGCUGGACCUGUUCAGACUGAAGCCGGAGCUUCAGUGAGAGGACAGCCGCAGUACAAUCACUGUCACCAGAAUCAAGCAGGGAUGAAGGCAUUUCUCCUGUUUCCUGCUGUAUAUUCUCUUGGAGUGCGGUUUUAAAAGCUUGAACACCCAGAAGUGGCCUUUAAAGACUGAGAGAUGAGAACAUUUCGUUUUCUCUUUGUUUGGAAGUUCUUCAUCAGGAAUGAAUCCCAAUAACCUGAAAUGAACGGAUGUUUAUGGUUUUUAUGAGCUCUGUGCUUUACAUUGUUGUGUGACACUGAGAAUAAAAAGGUGUU